AUGGCUUUCAAGACGGAUAUGCCGUUUUAUCAGUACUAUCAGUCCGCCGAUAGGGAAAGAGGCAUGCGCUUCGACAGCGCCAUGGUGAGAUAUUUUCACAGUUCAGCCCAGUUGCCUAUUGAAUCAGUCUUCAACUUCGAUGAGUUGAGGUAUAAUUCGAUCAUUGUAGAUGUGGGAGGAGGGAGAGGUCAUCAUUCAAUUCGAAUCUUCCGUCAGUAUCCGUCGAAGGGAGAAGGCUCUUAUUACCAAGACAAAAAGGUCAAUACCCCGGUCGUAUAA